GCUAUAACACGUAAUUUAUCUAUCCAGUUUCCCACAUUAUAUAGAGACAUAGAGGUCUCUGACUAAAUACAGAAGCACACAGAAAAAACAAAAGAAAGAAAGAAAGACGAUGGAGUCGAAGGGUACAUUGGUGGACAUGUUGGACCGUGCCAGUGAGGUAAAAACAUUCGACGAGAUGAAGAUGGGCGUGAAGGGUCUCGUCGAAGCCGGAAUGACAAAAAUCCCUCGCAUAUUCCAUAACCCGCUUGCCUCCGUAACAACCCCUAAACCUCCCUCGACAGUGAGGAUCCCAACUAUCGAUCUCAGAGGUGGCGUGUUCGACUCCGAGGUGACGCGACAGAGUGUGGUUGCGAAGGUUAAAGAGGCGAUGGAGAAGUUUGGUUUUUUUCAGGCAAUUAACCAUGGGAUUCCACUCCAUGUCAUGGAGGAAAUGGAAGCUGGGAUUCGUGGGUUUCACGGGCAAGAUCCAGAAGCGAGGAAAAUGUUCUACAGCCGAGACAAAACUAAAAAGGUCAAGUAUAACAGUAAUGUUGAUCUCUAUGACUCUCCGGCUGCGAGUUGGAGAGAUACCUUAAGUCUUUUCUUAGCUCCUGAUGUUCCAAAGGCAGAGGACUUGCCAGAGAUUUGUGGGGAGAUCAUACUGGAGUACUCACAGGGAGUGAUGAAGCUUGCCGAGUUAAUCUUUGAGCUUUUAUCAGAAUCCUUAGGGUUGAGUCGUAACCACCUCAAAGAACUGGAUUGCGCAAAGGGUUUAUUGAUGCUCUGUCAUUGCUACCCGCCCUGUCCUGAGCCAGACUUAACACUCGGCGCCACUCAGCACACAGACAGAUCUUUCGUCACUAUUCUUCUUCAAGACCACAUUGGAGGACUUCAAGUUCUCCAUGAUGGAUACUGGAUCGAUGUUCCUCCUACUCCGGGUGCUCUUAUCCUUAACACUGGAGAUCUCCUACAGCUUAUAACAAAUGACAAGUUUGUAAGUGUGGAGCAUAGAGUUUUAGCAAAUGGACGUGACGAGCCGCGCACUUCGGUCGCGUCUUUCUUUGUGCAUCCUUCAUCAAGUUCGAGAGUUUAUGGACCCAUUAAAGAGCUUCUGUCUGAACAAAACCCUCCCAAGUACAGAGACACCACCGCGGAAGCCUCCAACCACUACGUGCCUAGAAAAGGAGUUGGGAAUGCUUCGCUAAGCCACUUAAGGAUCUGAAAAAUGCUAAAAUUAAAAAUCUCGUAUGUAAUCCUAAGAGCAACUCCGUUACAGGUGUUUCUCGAAUAAAGUUUUAAACUAAAUAAUAUUGUAUCAGUAACCUUAAUAUUUUAAUAUGAAUAUUUUAAUAUAAUCCCUUUAAAUUA